CGGGAGCUGCUUAGACUUCAUUCAUCUUUACAGCUCUCCUGCCCAAGCAGCAGAAGCUAUAUUCCUUCGUCGAUGUAUUUCCUACAUUCUUCGAGCAACCGUUGGCACAAUGCUUAGCGAACAGGCUCAAAUCACAGCGUGCAAGUACCUUGGACAACUUUUAGCCGACUACAUCAACUCUUUCGACUAUUCGAUUGAACCAACAGUGGAACGAAUACUGGGCGCGGAAGCGUAUGCGAGUGCCCAAGCGGCGGUCGUGGCCACACUUGAAUUGUCGAAUCUCGUACGGCAAAUUGGAACUGCUGUAACACCAUUGUUUGUUGAGGCGUCAGGCAUCAUGGAGCACGUAUUUGCAUGCCUUCUUCAUCCGAUUCUAUCGGCUCGCACUGCAACUGCAUGGUGCUUGCGAUGUGUCACGAUGGCAGUGCCAAGCCAGCUCACUCCGUUGAUUGACAGAUGUAUCAGCAGGUUAGAGCAUAUGAAAUCAUGCAGUGACGCCAUCAGUGGUUACUCACUGGCUCUGGCAGCUCUCAUCGCAGCGGCCUCCGACUGUAAACUCGGAAUCCCCCAUGCAAAGCCCAAACAGGUGUUGACAUGUGCGGAAGACAUGCUUAAGACUGCCACUCAGCAAAGCCGACUUGCUGUUGCUAAGAUUAGCGCUGGUUAUAUUUUGCUGAAUGCUGUUGUUUCAAUGGGAUCCCCGGUCGUGAAGGAAAACAUGCCUCGUAUUAUCCAGCUUUGGCGAACAGCUUUUCCGCGAAGCACAAAAGAAGCUGAAGCUGAGAAAGGAAGAGGUGCGUUAGAAGCUCAAAGCUGA